AGGUCCGGUGAAAGCGUGUACUCCCUGAAACUAAAUUCUAAAUUUACCACACCUCCUCCACCCUCCACUGCUUCCACCACCGCCUCCACUCUCUCAUGCCCCUCGCUCUCGACGGUAUGAAUACAAGAUGGCGUGCAUCGUCGGUUGAAUUGUGAGGGGGUAGCUGUCUUUAUGAGGUUUGCCGCUUAUCUACAAUUUGUUCGAAAAGCUCGACUCAGCCGGCAAUCGCGCUGGGUUGAGAAUUUUCCACGCGCGUCGUUUUCGAACUGGACUGAGAAGUAACCGCAAAUUCGCAACGAUAUGGCGGGGCGAGGCGUCCUGAAAUCGCAGCCAGGAUCUGUGGGCGCCUGCUCCUAUGAAGGCUUCGAGAAGUUGACGAGUAGCACACUGAAACGACAUCCUAAGAUGGAAUUGAGUAAAGCUGACCUGGUUAAACUGUUGAGUGUACUGGAAGGAGAACUUCAAGCGAGAGAAAUCGUCAUUGCAGUUCUGAAGGCAGAACAAGUGAAGCAGUUGUUAUACCCUAAUAAAACUAGCACCAAUGGCAAUGGUGGAACCGAUCCCUGGGCAUCACUUCAGAGGGACGUCUUAGGAGCAUACGACGGCCGCUUUGACGCAGCAGCUGUCAAGGCUCUGCAUGGAAUGCAGCUACGGCACCUUGAAAACCUCAUUGGCCUGCACAGGCGUGUGCAAAACCGCACGCGGGAAGACCUUAAAGCGAUUGAACAGAGAUGCACGAAGCUCUGCAAGGAACUAGAAGAUGAGAAGGCGAAAAGAAUGCGUGACUUGGUUCAAGGAGGGGGAGAUAAUGCCUACAGCUUAGAGAAAGAAAGGGAUCGCCUUCGCCAAGAAAUGGAUUUUGAAAGACAGCAGAAUCGUCGCCUUGACAAAGAUCUGAAGCAGGUGAGCGAAUGCCUGGAGCAAGAGCGCAGCCGCCAGAAGCAGAUUGUACUUCUGUUACUGGCUGAGAGGAAACGUCUCAUCCUGCGGCUCAUGCAGGAGCGCCAGCGCAGUGAACACCUCCUUCAGAUCUUGAAAGAAGAGAAGAGUCGGUCUGCUGACAUGGUGGAAGGACUUGAGGAGGAGAGUAAGAAGUCCCUACAGAUGGAAGAAGAGCUAGAACGACAGGCAGCAGAGUUUGAGCUAGAAAGAGAGCGGUAUCAGUCACAGGUUGUAGAGUUGAAGGCCCUGAAUGCACAACAGCAGCUGGAACUGGAGCGACUGCGCUCUGAAGCAGAGAGAGCUGCUGCCAUCACCUCACUCGCCCUCGGAGAAGGCGUUCGCAGCACCACGGUAGUCACACCAUCCAGUGCACCGCCUCCAACAAUUCGUGCUGCUGUGCCCGCUCCCACCCCGCCUAGGGGUGUGGCAGUGGGACCAAAGGCACCGCCAUCCCCUAAGCCCCCCGUUCCCACGGGGGGGCUAGUGCCACAGGUUCCUCCCAAGCCAGGGCAGAGACCGGUUUCUCCGCAGCCCCCUGCACCCCUGACGACUGCGGCGACGGCCACACCGCCCCUGCCAGUGCCAUCUGUCGCCUCGGCGCCCACUCCCGGGGCGGUGCCACCCGUCGUCGAGGUAGGAACGAUAGUGAGAACACCCCCCAAGAAGGCAGGGGCGCCCGCAGGGGGAGUUGCUGGUCGUCCCACGCCGCCGCCGGUGCCUCCCAACAAGCCAGUGCUACAGAGGAAGGACCUGGGGCCCAAGCCCCCCGUGCCACCACGGACCAUGCCAGAUGCUCAGGUGGGUGGAGCAGUGGCCGCUCUGGAUAUCUGCGGACCAGAGUUGGCAGAUUUUCAGAGCCUGCUCGUGUCGAUGGUGUCAGAUAAGUCCGGCGCCAGUUGGACUUCUCCAACUUGAGAUCGGGAACUUGUUGGUCGCUGUCUGGACUAACAGUAUGGUGGCGACCUUCUAACAAAAAUUCGUUUUACAUGAGAACUGAGAGAUAAGGAAGAAACUAAAAAGGUAUGGCAGGAGCAACUUGUCAUACAUGACAAGUGACAAUGACAGCUAGUACAUACGUAAUCGUGUUUUGAGAUUUCUCGUUCCACUUACUGGCAAGGCAAUGACUAAUCAGUAAUGUGUUCAUUGGUCGAGCCCAAUUUCAAACUCUCGCAGGAGAUGAAAGCUGUAUCGCUCAUCUGAUUCUAGACAAUGCCGUGCGUCCUUUUCAGAGCGAGCAGGGUGUGUAUAGUACCUAGAAAUGUACCUAAUUUUACCUUGUGCAUCGAGCAUGUCCUUGCCUGUAUCCAUGUGUUGCAACUGGUCCCUCCGAAUACCCAUAUGUUGCAAUUUACUGCCCUGCCUGCACAUGGAUGUGCCAUUUUGCACGUCACCUAACUUCAUCUAACCAAGUUUUACAUUGAUAUGUUGACUGUGUCUGUACAGUGUUUGCAUCUAUCUAUAUGUUGUGCAUAUGUGCACUGCAGCAUGCAUUGUUGAAAUUUCUUACCUUGGUUUUGCAACUUAUAUAGUACAUGGAGCACGGGAAUGUUUUCUUGUGGACCUCAGUCUUUACUGAGGGUAAAGCAUUGUGCUUUGUUAUGCCUUGUUAUCUAUUUUUACUUUGUUCACCUGGCAGCUGUUUUGUACACUCAUUGUUUGUUGUUAGAGACUAAAAGUUGUACUUCUGUUGUGUUACAAAUGUUUCAUGGCAUCAGCAUCGAACAGUGAGAGGCUACUCUUACGGUUAUGCACAGUCUUCUUGAUAAUGUACCAGGCAUGUGAAUUUGCAACACGUGCUGCUGUGUAGUUGCCAUAAAUGUUCACGUUGAAUUAAUCUGCAUUCUUGUUGCAACACUCUUCAUUGCAUUCACAUUUCAGUGAUGAUGGUGCGUUAAUGUGUGUCACAUUUUGUGACAUCACAAUUACAACAAUUAGGUGAAGGCACGCCUUGCUUCCACGAUGAAUAUUCUGACAAGAUUGCUUACCCAGCACUGUAUGCUGAUUUACAUUUUGUUGUUUAUUACUAAAUGGCCUGCAUUUUGUCAUGAACCUCAUCUCCCUGAAUGCCUUUUCUCCCUUAGAGUUUGGAAUGGCUUCCUCUGGCAUGUUUUGCAGCACCUAUACACUUGCAUCUACCUUUCUUUCUUUCUCUCUCCCCCUCUCUCUUUUUUAUUGCAGUUGUAUGCACCGCAUGGUUCGGAGAGCACCAGCAAUUUGGUGUACAUGAUUUCUAUGAAACGUUUGCCUUUCAAUGUAAAUUAUAGCCUUACAGCACUUUCUUGGUGUUUUUGUAUAGGAUCACACUAUGCAUUUGUGCUAUUCUGGGAAUUAUAGUUAGCUCUGAGGCCUCAUGAAAGAGUUCUUUGAAUUCUAACGACACGGAACAUUUCUUGACCUGCUACUGAGCUUUCCUUCUGUUUCUAGUUAACUGAUUUCAAUUGCUCAAAAAUGUGCAUUUACAUCAGGAGUGUAUCAGCUAAAACAGUGUACAAGAUAUCCCAUCCUACAGCCAUGUAGUUGGAAAAUAUAUACCUGUCAGGGUACCCUCUCUGGGUAAAAAAAAAAUCUAGAAACUAAAAAAAUCUAUCUAGAAAUCUGUUUUCAAUUGGAGCAGUAUCUCACCCUCUGUCCCUGCGUGUUAAAUGCUGUCACAUAUGCUUUCCUGGCACACACUGAUGUGUAUGCAUUGCCUUUCUGAAGAAGGUGGUAGGUGAUGGUGGUGGUGGUUGUCUGUGCUUAUCUUCUUAUCUUUCUGGGGCAUUCACUGCUUCGGUCACGAUCUGGUGCUCUUUUAGGUUUCAUUCACAGGCGACUAAUAUUCUCCCAUGGGCUGUUCCAUAAUGUGAGCAUUCUCAUAGGGGAAAGAAAGGUUAUACGCUUACACCAGCAAAAUUACCUAAGGGUUCAGUGAAAGCCUGUUGGAAGCUUAUUUCUUUGCUAUGGCCGAUGCAAAUUCCGAGAGAAUAUCCUUCGACAGUCAGAAGGAGAAUGUUGAACAUUUGGUUAGCAGAGACGGACAUCUUAUACGUGAGGAAAUCAAUUCGGAUUUAGAUUACCUUAAAGCAGCAAUUAAAUAACACUUAGUAUUACUUGAAGCCAUACUUAGUUGAUCAAGUAAGUCUGUCUACAGUGAGCAUGCAGAAUAUUGGCCUUGGAAGCCCGGCCCAAUCUGCUUCUGUGACGUGCUUCUUCAACUUUGCUCAUCCUUUUGAGGGCUCUCUGAAGGAGUAGGGGGCUGUGCUUAAAAUCGUCAUCGGCGACUGAGUGAUCCCUGACGCUCUAUGUCCACAUAGCCAGGCAGGAAGAGGAGGCAUUAAGCGGGCUUUCUUUACCUAUAUGACGUCAGUGCAGAGUAGACACCUCUUUCUCGCAGUACGGGUCAGCUGCAAUUAUUUUUCUAGCGGAAGAACGUGUGGUAUUUCUCAUACAGCCCACUGCAACUAGAAACACACACACAAAAAAAAUAUAACAAUUGGGCUCUUCAAAAAAACAAACUAACUAAAAAUGGGGCUUUCACUGCUUCCUUCGGCCGCAUUGUUUCGAUCAGCAGCAGUGUUUCGAGGAAGACUUUCCAGGCAGACGACCUUUAUGCAGUUAGGAAAUUACGCUACUGUGUUCUGUACCAGGCAUAACGGUACUACUGCGAUAGUGGUUAUGGGGACCGCUCACUUUUAAACCGAAGUAGGAUGAAUGAUAGUACACUCUAAAGGGCACCAGUUGCGGUCAGCCUCAUUGUGACCCUGAGCUUUUGUUUUCCUUCUCUCCCUUUACAGGGCGGAGUACAGAGGUGAUAUCCCUGCAGAGGGACAAGCUCACAGUAGGCGAAGCGUGCACACUGAUGCGCGUACGUGCUCAUAAACGUGUAGGAAGUUACAUUCGCGCCUGGACUGCUCUAGGUAUCUCUUCUAAGGUGCUGGGGGAUUUCUUCACAUCUCCACAUCGACACACAAAAAUUUGGAAUGUGUACACUGGAUCACUGCACAAUGAAUUUUUAGGUUAUCUGGCUCAGCCUGCCAGCUACAGAGUAGCGGGCUAUAAAAUUUAGCUGUGACUAGCUAACAGUGGAGUAGCACAGGGUCGAGCCUGUCAAUGUACAGUCCUGGUGCGGGCUCACAAUGUACAGCCCAGGCCCACAGGCUGAGCCGGGCUCUGGUGUACAGUAGCCAGGGGUGUAACACCUCACUUCUGCUACGUACAAGCUACACCCCUGAGAGACGACCGGUUCAGAACCUGCUCUUACGCGGAGCGUGUUUUUAUCCAUGGGUUAAUGCAUCGCGGAAACGUUAUUGUACAGCAAGACAAAGCUAACAUUCACAAAUGUCCUUGCGUUCUUGUUCUCUCCCUCUUUCUCUCUCUAUCCUAAAGAAGUAAUUUCAGGUCGGCGUAGUUGAUGUAACAAGUAUUUUGCAAAUUUGGCGAGUACAAGAUGGAGAGAAAACUAGUAUAAUUAUGCAUAUUCAUACCCCUGUUAUGUGAAUGUAUAUAUGCAGUUUCUACUUCGGUGAAUAUUGAAGUUAGACUAGGAAACAAAUGCUCUGAUGCUUCGGCCUUUGUUUCCUUCGGCAUCUUCUAUCGCAUUUACGGACAAUGUGACGUACGCUGCCUUCUGCUCCUCUGUUGUGUCCCUGCUAUUUCAGCCUUGUCAUUUUGUGUGGCUUUCUCCAGCAGCUUCAGCAGCACCUGUGGCAAAAUGCUUUACAUUUCCAGAAGGAUAGGUACCGUAUAAACUGGGUUAUAGGUAGGGCCUGACUUUUUUGCAUUGAACCAGAUAUCUCCCCGAAUUCCAAUCAGGUAUCAGGUUUUACCACAUAUCAUACGCACUAUUUACUAGCAAUUUAUACGAAUGUGUCAUGUAGAUAUUAUUUGAGUGCUACAAUAAGUAUGCGAAGCACAUUUGAUGUUACAAGAUGCGGUGCUCUAGUACCUAUAAAUCGUGAAGUAUGUAUAUCUGACCAUUAUAUGCCCUUUAACUGGGGUGGCGUGCUGGACUGGAAGCAAAACAUAAUAUCCUGAUAACACCUGAAUGGAUCAGCAGCACCCAGUUUCACCCCGAAUCACAGACUUGAAAAUAGCACCCGAUUUUGCCCUCCCGAAUCUGGAAAAGGCGUUUUACCCGAAAGAGUCAGAAGUAGUGUCAUUAUCCUUACGUAAGUCAACCCCAUUUUCUGAAGAGAGGAAAAAAACUUAAGGAAAAAAUAUUGCCCAUUGACCAGCUUAUAAGACUGUAGGGCAGUUUUUGGGGAGCUCUUUUUUUCUAAUAAACCUCAACCCAUAGUCCGGUUUAUACGGUAGUGGUUUUAUGCAAGCAAAGACUGAUGGGAAAAAAAAAAAGGCUUUUCUGUUUCUUUUCUGAACUGUGACUUUCAUGCAUAUUUUUUUUUAUUGUUCCGCGCAUAAGGAUCCAUCACUGUUUGCAUCUUAUCAUUCGAGAGAUUAUACCUUGGACACAAUUAUUGUUGGGUUUGCCCCGUUUUCUUGUGACAGUCCAGGACAGUUUCAUUACACAUCUGCAAGAUUUGUAACGAAAACGAUGCGAUGCACCUAGAAUUUGCUGCAGGUUACUGUUUUCAUGUGUGUCCUGUGACCUUUCACAAAUCACACGAAAGUGAAGGCAGUUUGGCAGUUGAACAGCAGUUGCAUUUCGUUGUGUUUGAUUGCACUCAUUUUUUGUAGAUGUCAAGUGUGAUGCCAAAAGACAAAAUUUAUUUCUGUGCCAAAGUUUUGUGGGGUAAAGUGUGGUUGUGUGAUGAUUGAUAUCUACAAAGCUGCAGUAUCAGUUGUGCUAUUGUUUUAUCAUGGUGUCAGAGCUUUCUUCUUCCGUUUCUUUUUUCCACAAGCUACUGAUGCUUUCUUCUAUGCAUGGAAUAACUGUUUAUUUAACUGUGGCAGAAAGGAUUUGUUUCCAUCUUAACUGUCGUCUUCCACCAUUGCAAACCGGGGCCAUGCCACGAAAAUUGAGUGCUAUACAUACUUUGGAAGCAUUGAAGGCAACGCGCCACGUGAUAUUGUAAAGUGUGUUUCCUGUGGUUGACAUUUUCUGUCGACACUGGACUUCUGUUUUAUAGGGUGAGCCAAAACGGAAAGAAUCGGUAUCCCAUUAUCUGCAUGGAAAGGAGUGCUUAAAGUGCCACUAUGGAAACUAAAGAAUUUCUAUUUGUUUUAUUUCGUAUUUAGCGGCACUUUAAGAAGAUUGGAGCAUGUGCUUUGAAUUGCAGGUGUGACCUAACGGCCUAUUGUGUGUGUCGCAUAAAUUGUUUUUUGAAACAUUAACAUGCUACAUGCAAGAAAACAUGAGUUUUCUUCAUUCGGUUGCCAUGAUCAGAGGCCCCAAAACUUUCUAAUUGAGACGCUCAGUUUACAGCGUACUUGGACGUAGUAUGUGCAUGCUAAGGGUUCUGUCACCUGUUACAAUUCAGUCGACUGAACGGUCAUUAACUGUGGCAGCCAGAUCAGGAAAGCUUUUUGGAGUAAUGUUGGAUGGCCUCAUAUUUUUCCAUGAGGUUGAGAUCAUCAUAUUACACCUCCAUGCAAAAAGCAUUUGUUCCAGUACUUCCUGAUUUCCUUUUGACACUGUGAACUAUGUUUCAAUCGCACACCUUAUCUGCUUUUACAAGAUCGCUGACUGACGUACAUCUGUCUAAAAUUAGCAAGAACUGGCUUGGGCAACAGGACCACUUUACAGUUGUGCCAUGUUCUUGUGCUAGGCAAUUUGUGCUCUGACUAGUCAGCUGUAACGAGCAUGCCUUCUGUGCUUACUACUCCUGAAUGUAUCUGCUUUAUUAGUAAUAUAGGACUUGUUUCACAUAUUACAUGGUGGCAUAAUUGACGUGGCAUUUAGUAUGAGAAAUUACAAGCGCUAGUUAGCCUGUGAUUUGUACAUAAGUAUUACUGCAGUGACAUGUAAUUACAUAAUAUCACGUGAACGUUCUAUAUUUUACCUCCUACGUAACGAAAAUUGUUGCAUGUAGACUUUCUGCAGUGACACACUUUUGCACAAAGCCAUUUAAUUUGUAAAUAUCAUUUGUUGAAGAAGUUUGAUACUACAUAUCAGUAUAUAUUAUAAGCGAAUUAGUGUAGAAGAUUUAUGCCAUACGAUUUUUCUUUCACGGUGUCUUUCUGUUACAUGAAGGGUGUCUGAGCUCCUAAAUGGAAAUGGGUCUUGAGGAAGCAGAGAGAAUAUGUAGUACUGAAGGCAACCUUUGAGAACUCAGUACUAAAAUGUACUAAGCGACGCACAUAAUGAGAUAUUUGGGGACCCUACAGAAAACAGACACCCAACACAUUGUUUUCAGCAGACAUAACAAUGCCACGCAUGAAGUCUGUGGAAUGUACUAUGCUGCUUUCAUCCACUGAUGUUAUUUGUUAAAUCACUGCCACAUGGAAUUGCCACUGAGAAUAGUUUUGCAAAAAAUUAUAAAGGGUAAUGUCUUGUGGUCUUCGGACCAACACGAACGGAUGGGCGUGUUGUGUAAAAACAUCUUGAAAGGACGCCACUGCAGUCUUUUGUGACUUCUCUUUGCACAUGCAUUACUUUGCUUCGCCAUGUCGAGUGUGUGACAUUUAAUUUUUGGUAUCACACAUGGUACAGCACCUAACAUUCUUUGUGGUUCAUCAAUUUGUCAACAGCUUGUCCAUUUAAUUUGCUUACAGACAUGGCAGUCUACUCUGUAACAAUGACAUACUGGACUCCUGUACAUAACCGUUUUUCCAAACACUGCUAUGAUGUCAAUAUGUAGCACAAAAUCUGUAGUGCAGUUUGUAACUUAAUACACCUAACUGGUACUAGUCAACUACCAAGUGUACUUCAAUGAUGAAACAUACGUGGCCCGUCAUCUUCCCGUGUGCUAAAAGCUGGUAUAUGUGUUGAGGGGCCAUGUGGCACACACAAUUGAAGAUUCACGUGGUUGUCAACGCCAGCAUAGAUGAAUGUGCAAAGCAUAUUUUGCAACAUUGAAGCUUUUAUUUCUCAUAGACGUGAUCAUUCUAUUGAUGACCACUGUUCUUGUUAUGUAUGUGCCUAUUCUACAAGAUGGUUUUUGUUGUGGUUUUUAAUUUCAAAAAUUGCCCUUCAGGUUUGGAGUUGCAAAUAGCAAUAAAAGUAAAAUGACAUA